UUUCAGAUUUUGAGAGAGAGAGAAAUUGCAAAUCAGAAACUGAGGCAGUAAGCAGCACCCGGCGACUUCUUUCAGUAACUCACUCAUUCCUUCUCUCUUUCUCUCUCUUCAAUGGCCGGAAUCCGUUUGCAGCCAGAGGACUCCGACGCCUCACAGCAACAAGCUCGAGCGGUGGCCGCUGAUCUGGUCUCCGACGACGACCGCUCCGUCGCCGCCGACUCCUGGUCUAUCAAGAGCGAGUACGGUAGCACACUCGACGACGACCAGCGCCACGCCGACGCCGCCGAAGCUCUCAACAACGCCAACCUCCCCCCUCCCUCCGACUACAGUUCUGACAAGGAUGAGCCUGAUGCUGAUGCAGUUUCUUCCAUGCUGGGUUUUCAGAGCUAUUGGGAUGCUGCCUAUGCAGGCGAGCUUACAAAUUUUCGUGAACAUGGCCAUGCUGGUGAAGUUUGGUUUGGGGCUGAUGUGAUGGAAGUAGUUGCAUCUUGGACAAAAGACUUGUGCGUUGACAUCUCUCAAGGCCGCAUACCAAAUCAUGUUGAUGAUGUCAAAGCUGAAGCUAGUGAAUUAGGAAAUAAAGUUUUGUCUAGUUGGAGUGUACUUGACAUUGGGACAGGCAAUGGUUUGCUUCUCCAAGAAUUAGCUAAACAAGGGUUCUCUGAUUUGACUGGUACGGAUUAUAGUGAAGGGGCUAUCAGCCUUGCUCAAAGCGUUGCUAAUCGUGAUGGAUUUUCUGACAUCAAAUUUUUGGUCGAUGAUGUCCUGGCGACAAAGUUGGAACAAGAGUUUCAACUUGUCAUGGAUAAGGGGACGCUAGAUGCUAUUGGAUUGCAUCCUGAUGGUCCUGUCAAGAGAAUGAUGUAUUGGGAUUCUGUUGCGAAGUUAGUUGCACCUGGUGGAGUACUUGUGAUUACAUCGUGCAACAGCACAAAGGAUGAGCUGAUACAAGAAGUGGAAAGUUUCAACAGACGAAAAAUCGCUGCUGCUCAGGAAGUAGAGGGAGCCAAGGACGACGAAUCAUGCAGAGAUCCUGUAUUUCAAUACUUAAGUCAUGUCCGCACAUAUCCGACAUUCAUGUUUGGUGGAUCUGUGGGCUCGCGCGUGGCGACUGUGGCAUUUCUUCGGAAAUGAAGUGCGCGAUAUGUAUCAAUUACCAUCAUGAUUUUGGAAUUUGUUUUAUUGGUUUGAAGUUGCUUGCGUGUAGCUAGAAUGGAUGUUUCUGACUUAUCAUGUUAAUAUUUAUGAUUUUGUGGAGGUGAAGUUUUCUGAGUUC